CCGCUUCAAACUCCUCCUCUCCAAAUCCAUCCAUGUCUCCUCCCCCUCCACCACCAAAUCCUAUAUAAACGAUCGCCAGCCACGCCAUAUCCAAUCCAUUUCCAUCCAACAUUCUAGACACCACUCGAACGAUCGCCACUUCACCACCGCCGCCGCCGAAUCCAUGGAGUACGGCGUCGCCGACGACUACGGGUACGGGUACGGCGGGUACGACGACCAGCAGGAUCUGCCGUCGUCGUCGUCCGUGGACGGUGACGAGUACGCGACGGUGCUGUCGGCGCCGCCGAAGCGCCCCGCGGGUCGGACCAAGUUCCGGGAGACGCGUCACCCGGUGUACCGCGGCGUGCGGCGGCGCGGGCCCGCGGGGCGGUGGGUGUGCGAGGUCCGGGAGCCCAACAAGAAGUCCCGCAUCUGGCUCGGCACCUUCGCCACCGCCGAGGCCGCCGCGCGCGCGCACGACGUCGCCGCGCUCGCGCUCCGCGGCCGAGCCGCCUGCCUCAACUUCGCCGACUCCGCGCGCCUGCUCCGCGUCGACCCCGCCACGCUCGCCACCCCCGACGACAUCCGACGCGCCGCCAUCCAGCUCGCCGAGGACUCCUCUUCCUCCACGCCGGACGCCUCCGCCGCCGCCGCUGCCGUGGCCGUGGCGUCAUCUGCCUCCGUCGGCCAGGCCACGCCCUCGUCGUCCGCGUACCAGGCCGGGGACGACGCCACGGGGGCUGCAAUGUAUGGCGCCGAGUACGCGGCGGCGGCAAUGUAUGGCGCUGGCAUGGACUUCGACCACUCGUAUUACUACGACGGGAUGGUGGGCGGGAACGAGUGGCAGAGCGCCGGCAGCAGCGGGUGGCAUAGCAACGUGGACGCCGGCGACGACGAAGGCGCCGGCGACAUGUCGCUCUGGAGCUAUUACUGAGCUCUGCACUGCACCAGCACAAAUUCAGGUGCUGGGGCUGGCGCUGAUAGGGGCAGGGGAGUCUGAAUUUGAAUUCAAAUGUUCGUAGUAGUAUACACGAGGGAACGGCGAAAGGGCGCGCAAGAAUGCAUUUGCCGUUCUUCUGCCUUUUUUUUUGGUGGGAGAGAAUAAUAAAAGACCUGCAACUCUGCCAAGAGUUUAUACUAUUUUUUUAAAACAUAAAAAGAGGACUCUUGUUUUUCUUCUUCUUCUUCUUAUUUUUUCU